AUGGCGGACGAGCAAGAGGACGCACGAGCAUGCGCUCUCUCAGUAGCACGCCUGGGUGGAGACGCAAAACGACGAAGAGAGGACUCAACCGGCUGCGUUCUCCUGGGUGUUUUCCUCAGUCGUGAGUUCCCAACGGGGGACCCCGUGUUCUCGGUGGCCAUCACGGGCGUCGCGGGCCUGGACCCGGCGCGGGACCUCUCGGCGGCGGGCGACACGCUCUCCCCGGCGUUCAACCUCACGCUCCACAUCGACAACACGCGCAACUCCCAGUACCGCGCGUGCGUCCCGGAGCUCUCGACCGCGGCGGUGUCGUACGGGGACGCGGUCCUGGCCAACGGCACCGUGCCGCCCCUGUGCGGCAAGGAGAAGCGCGAGAGCGAGCGCGUGGCGGCCAGGGCGUGGGGCGACGCCGUGGCGGUGCCGCGGUUCCUGCGGGACCAGAUGGCCGGCGAGCUGGCCGUGGGGGAGGCGUCGGUGGACGUCAAGGUGACCAUGCCGAGGUACUCUGCACUGGGGACGCGCGGCGACGCGGUGCUCUCCUGCAAGGCCAAGAUCGGAGUCGGAGCGGCGCCGUCGCUGCCCUGUCGGCUGGAUUACGUCAAAAAAAGCGACGACGACCAGAGGAAGAGGGAGGAGGAGUAUCCACCACCGGUUAUAUUCAUGUGGCCAACCAUUUAUAUGUAUACAUGA